UAUUUUAUAAAGGUCGGUAUCGUCGGAAUAGCUGCGUCAUUUGUUGCAAUUUUCGCGAUUUUUCGAAACAGUAAACAAGUAUAGUAUAAAAACUCCCCCAAAGUAUUAUGACAAGUCUCAUUGUAUGUAAUUUUAUUUUCAUUCUGCACUUUCAUUUCCAUCAAAUCACAAAAAUCUCAAAAAUCCAGCCUGUCAGCUAUGUUUUACAUUGAUUUCUAAUUGCUUGUCCCCGAGAAAAAUAUUAAAUAUCUGUGUUGCUAAUAACAUCAAACAAUGGAAUCAUCAACUUCUUCUGCUGCCGCAGGUGCAAAAUCCGGCAUGGUGGAGUUUUUCUACGGAUGGGACUUACUGUAUAAGACAGUGAAUUCCGACGUUCACAAAAAAGCUGAUUUAUUAAUCGCUCUGGUCCAUUUUGUGCUCACCAAGCACUAUAGCUUUCGAUGUUUGGGUAUUGGCGAUGAUAAAACAUUGCCAGAAGAAGAGGCAGAGUCGGGCAGUGAGCUACUGCCGGAUGAUUGGAAUUCGGAUGAUGCCAAGUUUUCCCUCCGCUAUGUGAAUAAUAAAACUCUCUAUCUCCUACUGGGACACAUGACCGAGGAUGCGUUGCUUAUCAAUUUGUUGGACACAAAUACGAAAAAAGUGUCCAAUAUAUGCAUUGAACCAGAGAAUCUAGUAAUUGAAUUGAAGGGUCCCCUAACCAAUAUGAUUCCUACAGUAUCGGAAAUUGUGGAUCGUUUCCGCAAGGAGCUGUUAGAACCGGUAUUUUCAGGGAAUUCUAAAGAACAAACCACGCAGACCACUUCAAAUACAAAUACAAACACCAAUAACCCAGCACGCGAUAUAGAUCCCUUACGCGUUACCGAACCCAGAGGACCAGGAAGUUUUAUGCCAUUCGAGCCUCGCCCUUUUGGCUUUCCCGAAGUUGGCCGCGGCGAUCUGGAUCCCUUAGCUCGCGGUGGUCCUGGUAAUUUGUUUCCCUUUGAUCCGCGUCCUAAUGCUCCAGGCGUAAGGCCGCGAUUCGAUCCAUUCGGUCCACCAGAUAGAAAUAUACUUGGCCGUGGCCCAAAUCCAGAUCAUUUCAGACCGCCAAACUGGGAACCCGACUACUAUAUGUAAGGGAAAUAAGGGAAUACAGCAGUUGAAAUCAUUUCAUUUGGCUUAAUUUUAAACAAACAAAUGCAGAGACGAAAAAAAACAACAACAGCUAAAACAGAAAUUGAGAUUUAUUUUCUCUGAUUAUUUUUAUUACUGUUCAAUACAAUUACACAGAAUACAGAUAAAACGAAUAAAAAAUAGAAAGUUGUUUGCGCUGCACUUGAAAAACAUA